AUGAUAAUAUAAUAACGAAAUGCUAUAAUAUAAAAAAUUACAAUAGAAGGAGACACCUAUGAAAAAUUUCAGCCACCAAUUGGAUAAGGAUCAGAAGGUAUUGUUUAUAAGGGAAGAAAUAUUAAAACAUAAGAAAUCGUAGCUAUUAAAGAAUACAAAUUAAUAAAUCAAAAUGAAUUAAAAGCCAUAUAAGCAAUUUAGAGAAACAAUUUCAGUCAUAUUAUUGGAAUAAAAGGAGUAUAGAUACAAUAAAAUUCUUGUCCAAUAAUUGCAAUGGAAUUUGCUCAUGGAGAUUUCUUGUAAUUUAUGUAAUCAUAAGAAUAUCAAAAAUUAACUUAUAAUGAAAAAAAUUCAUAUUUUAUUUAAGUAAUUAAAUAAAAUGAUAUUUUAGAUGGUAUAAGGAGUUGAAUUACUUCAUUCAAUAGGAUUAUUUCAUAGAGAUUUAAAACCUGAAAAUUUUGUAUACAUUAAAGAUUCUAAUAAUAAUAUGACUAUUAAAUUGAUUGACUUUGGAUUAGUCAAAGAAACUAAAAAUUAAAUGGCAAAUACUUAUAAAGUUGGAGCACCAUAUUAUAUGGCUCCAGAAGUUUUGGGAAAUUAAACCAGUUUUUAUAAUAAAUCAGUGGAUAUAUGGUCUUUGGGUGCUAUGUGGUAUGAACUUUUAACUAAUUAGACUUUCUUUUAAGGUAUUUUAAAUUUAUAAUUUUAGGUAGUACUUAAGAUGAAAUUUUUUUUAAAAUUCAUAACUCUAAUUAAAAUAAUAUUGAUUAACAAAUUUAGAAUAAUAUUAACAUUUAACAAAAAGAAAAGGAUUUAAUAAAAAAGAUGUUAAAAAAACAAUCAAUUUAAAGAAUAUAAUUAAAAGAUGUAUUACAAGCUUAUACUGUAGUUUAAAUAAUUCCAAAUAAGAUAAAUUCUCUUCUUCCUCCUCUUUAUCAAGUAAAAGUUUAAUAUAAGGAAGAAAAAUUCAAUGAAGCAGAAUAAAGGUAAAAGGAGGAUGAAUAGAUUUAAAAAGAAAUUUAAUUAUAACAGGAGGAUGAGAUAUAAAAAAAAUUGGCUGAAUUUGAAUAAAAGAAGUAGGAAGAAAUGGCUUAAAUGAAAAGAGAGAUGGAAAGACAACUUGAUAUAAAGUUUGCACAAUAAUAAUAAAUUUAAGAAGAUCUUUUAAAAAAAGAGUACGAAGAAUAGAUAAAGUAAAAAGAAAAAGAAUUAAAAGAGUUAAGAGUUGAAUAAGAAAAGGCUCAUUAAUAUGAAAAAGAUUAAAAAUAAUUAGCUUAAAUUAAGAUUUAGUUAUAAUUGUAGAUCUAAAAUGAAAUAGAAUAAUUCAAAAAAUAAAAAGAUGAAGAAUAAAAUAAAGAACUUGAAAGAAUUAAAUAAUAAGCAUAAAUUGAAAAAAAUUAAGCAAUUUAAUAAUAAUUAAAAAAUAAGGAAGAACAGCUUAAAUAACAACUAGUGGCUGAAAUUUAAAGAAAAUACAUGCUAGAUUAUAAUAGCAAAGUUACAUAAUUAGAUGAUCAAAAAAAAUAUGAAAAUUAAAAAUAAUUGGAAGAAAUAUCAUAAUCAUUAAUGAUUCAACUAAAGUCAUAGUAAAAUAACAUUAAUAAUUUCAUUCAAAACCUAAAUGAAGAGUUAAGAAAGACAAAUGAGAUUAAUACAGAGAAUUAAAAAAAAUAAUAAUUGUCAAUUUAUAUUAAUAUAGAGAUAGGUAAAUAUUAAGAUCAAAUUAUUAACAAUGAAUAAAGAUUAUUAUAAAUAUAAUAAGCAUAAACAAAAGAGAUGCUGAAAGGAUUUGAUUUUGAGCUAGAAAAAGAAAAUUAAUAAUUUAUAUUAGAAUAUAAAGUAAUAAUGGAAAAGAUAACAAAAGAAUAAAGUUUAAUUGAAUAAUAAGUAAAAGAUAAAGAAAUACCUGAUUAGUAACGAAAAGAACAAGAGUAGAAAUUGACAAAAGAAAAAGAUUAAUAUGAAUCUUUAUUCAUUAUUGUAAAAUAAUAAUCUAGUUAAUAAUCUCUUUAGAUUAAAACAAUUUCAGAACAAAUUAACUAUUAUUAAAGAAUUAAACUAUAAUUUUAAGGAGAAGUGAAGAUUUAAGAUGUUAUACAAUAGCAAUAAAUAAUAACAUAAGAUAUUUAAGUAUUAGAAUAGUAAGAGAGGAUGAUAUAAUAAUUUGAUUAAUUAAAAUUAAUUCCUCUUUAUUAAUAAUAUAAUAGCAAACUUGAAGAACUUUAAUAAUCUUAAAAUAGACUUAAAAUUUUAAUUGAAGAGGCAAAUGAAUGUCUUAAAUAAAUCGAAAGACAAUAUGAAGAUGAAUAUCAAUAAUAAAUUGAUGAUUUAGAUCACAAAUUAAAUGAAUAAUUAGAUAAAUUUAAAUAUUUAUCUAAAAAUUAAAAAUAUAAAGAUAAAAUAAAUUAAAUAAUUAAUAAGAUUGCAGAUGAAUCUGGUAAGUUGAAUUCUCUAAAUGUAUUAAUAUCUUAAAGAACAUAGGUAGCAUAUUAAUAAUACAAUCAAAAUUAUGAUUAAAUUUAAUAAUCAAUAAGUGAUUUUUAGAAAUAAUAUAAUUAAUUGCAUGAAUAAAUUUACAAUGAUGAAUAAAUUGAAUAGAAAAAUGGAGAAAGAAUUAAAAAAUUAAAAAUCACACAAGAUCAAUUAGAUUUAUUUAAAAAGAUAAUGAAUCAAUUAAAAGAAUAACUUAAAAGUUUGAUUAAUAAUCAAUAUUGCAAUAAUGAAUAAAUUCUGUAUUUAAUAAAUGAUAGAUUGGGUAGGAUAGAUUAAACUAUAAUUUAAUAAUAAAAGUAAUUUGAUAAAUUCAAUAAAUUUAAUGAAUUAAAUUCUUUUGAAAUUAUUAAUUAGUAAAUAAACUAAUUGGAAGAAUUUUAGAGAAAAUUAAAGGAAGUUGAAAAUAAUGAAACAGAAUAAGUAGAUUAAUUAAAGUAGAUAAUUUAAAAAAUAGGAGCUUAAAACAAAAGUGAAUAAGAAAAAGAAAUUUUAAAGUUAAAUAAUCAAUUAUAGAAUAUGUAUAAAGAAUUCUCAAAAGCUCUUUAAUCAAUAAAAUUUAAAUCUGAAAGUAUUGAAUUUUAUUAAAAAGUGAAUGAGAAAAAAGAGAAACUUGAAAAAUAAUUGUAGGAGGAAAUAAAAAAUUUAGAAGAAUAUUUAGAAAUUUAAAAUCAAAAUACUUAGUUAUUUAAUGAAGUAUUAAAUGAUAUUAAAGCAAAAAAAGAGGAUUAAAAAUAACAAAUUGAAGAGAUUUUCAUAAAAUUACAAUAAACUAAUAAAUAAAAAGGUGAUCGGUUAAAGAGUGUAACUAAUAAAGUUUUUGAAAAAUAAAUAGAAAUAAAUUUUACCUAGAUAGAUUUUAAUUUAAUUAAGAAUUAUGAAUAAUUAAAAAUGUAGGAAGAAUAAUUGCAAAUAGAAUUAAAUUAAAUAAAUGAUAAGAUAUCGAAUUAAUAAUUAAAUCCUUAAUAAUUAAAUGAAUUAAAAGAUUAUAUUCUUAAGGUAUAUUCUAACAUAGAUGAAUUAAAGAUGAAAAUUCCAUAGUAUGACGAUGUAUAAUAGUACAACAAAAAUUAUCAAUAAAAUUUAGAAUCAUAUGAAAAAUUAUAUGCUUUACUUAAUUAUAUAAAGUAAUAUCAUUUAACAAGAUAUUAUGAAAGAAUCAAGGAAAAUGAAUAAAAAUAAAAAUAAAAAUAAUAAUAUAAGGAUGAAAAUGAUUACAAAAAAUUAUUUUAUUCGAGACUAAAUUAAGUUUAGAAAGAAAAUACAAAAAUAGAGAUGGAAGCAUAAGAUAUAUUAUAGAGAUAUGAAUAUGCUCUAAAUGAAAAUUAGAAUAAGAUGGCAAUUGAAAGUAUGGAAAAAGAUUAAGAAGAAAUAGAGAAACAGAUUUAAAUAUAAAAAAAUUUAAUAAAAUCAAGAGACUAAAUAAAAUUAAGAUCUAAAUUGAAAGAUUAAUCAAUGAUCAAAGAGAUUAUUAAUGUCAAAUAAUAUUAUGAAAUAACAGAGUUCACACAAAUGAUAAUAUUGAAUAUGAUAAAAAAAAAUAUAUAAACGAUUCAAUAAGGAUAAAUCAAUCAAUAUUGA